AUGUCAGGACCCGGCUCCCCGAUCCAGAGGAUUCAGGUAUCGGAUUCAGGUCUGCUUCUGGGUCUCCUCUUCUUCUUGCUCUUCUCCCAUCUCUCCGCUGCUCCUGGCUCUCCGUGGCAUUAUCCUGGCCUCUUCCGAGUGGUUCUCUUUCUUUUAUGGAUCCAUCUGUAUUAUUCUGGCCUUUUGGAGUAUUCCCGCAACGAGGCAGAGCCUCCAUGCACACCACCGGUUGUUGGAGAGGUAGAUGGAGGUUUCUGGGAGAAGGAAGCCGACAUGAAGAAACAAGUUAUCGCGUGGACACGGCCAACAGUUUACCUGCUUGUGCUUAGGUGUACCCUGACGGCCUGGAGCAUGGACGUGGAUGCGAUCCUCGCUGCUCUCAGGGCUGGUGCGGACCAGGACGGUGGCUGCGGUGCCUGUUGUGCCUGCCGGGUCUGGUGGGGCCGCGGAGGCACCGUCUCGCGGGCGCGUUUCGGGUCGCCGGCGCGCCCGCCCUCCUGCUCGGCUGAGCCCCGUGUCGGGUGGGGGGGCUCGGUACCGGAGCAGGAGUCCGGACCCCGGGCCGCGCGCGCCCCGGGAGGCGUCUCCUCGGGGCGGGCGGCCGUCUUCGCCGCCGUCGUCCCCAAGAUGGCGGCGGCGGCGUGCGUCCUCGCGGCGGUCUCGCGAGGCUGCCUCACGGCUCGCAAGGCCUGCUGCUCCCUUGCCGGGGCCGUCGACGGAGGCCCCGGCGCCUGCACGGGCGCCACGGGAUGCGGCGCCUCGUCGCGGCCGCUCCGGUGGCCGCGGCAGAACUGUGGAGCCUGCUGGAGGCCGCGCGGGAGCGCGGGAAGCGGCGGGCGGCGUUUCCGCUGCCCGCCCGAAGAGGACAUCGCGGGCGGUUGCGGCAGCCCCAUCCGGGGUCAGGCAGGGGGGUCCUCCGGGGACGACCUGGCCCUCUCUCUGGGGCCCUCGGCCCGCUUACCUCCUCAGGGGGAAGGGCUGGUGGGGUCUUCCCAGCUUCUUUACGGCUCCUCUGAUGAGGAGGCUUUUGCUACCCCCCUUCCUGCUUUCCUUACGGCGCCUGCUGGUGGCUUGCCAAGUUUCGGCCCCCUGCCGGUGGUUUCUGGUACUGCAACGGUUCCAGGACCUGUGAUCUCACCCCUCUCCUCUACACAGGCUGUGUCUGGUGUGUUGCUGCAGGAUGCUUCGCCGCUGCUGGGACCAGGACUUCAGGGACCUUCUAGCAAUACGGCUUCGGCUACGGCGCCGCAGGAGGUCUGCCGGUCGCUUGGCGGUGUGGUUCUCCCUCAAGUCUGGCUCGUUGGACAUUCCUUCAUCUUCUGGGCCAGGAGGCGGGCGGCAGUUCGCCCGAACGGGGAGCAGUUGGGGUUCUCUCCUCUUGCGGUUGAGGUGCGGUGGUUCGGGAAACGGGGGAUGCUGUGGGUUCAUCUCCUCCCUGAGCUGGUUCGGUUGUCCCGGUUGUUGGGUCCUCCCUCGGUUCUGGUGAUUCACCUCGGGGGGAAUGAUCUUGGGGUGGUCCCGGUUAGGUCUCUGGGGGAUACGGUUCUUCGGGACCUUGCUAGGCUUAUGGUGUUGUUUCCUGAUGUCCGGUUGGUGUGGUCCGAGGUGGUGUCUCGGAAUUUUUGGCGGGUGGCGACUAAUCAGCGGGCCCUGGAGCGGUCGCGGGUUAAAUUUAAUCGUUGGAUUUCCAAGUUUGUGGCUAGCGUUAAUGGUGUGACGGUUCGGCAUAGGGUGUUUGAAAGGGACGCGGCCAAUUUGUUUCGGAGUGAUGGCGUUCAUUUGAAUGACAUCGGUUUGGAUCUUUUCAAUUUGGCUCUACAGGAGGCUAUCGGUCAGGCCAUGGCGUGUGUUGGUGGGGGCCCCCGCUGA